CCUGGUACAGGUGAACGUGAAUGAGAUGGCCCAGCACCAGAGGUGGAAGGUUGUGGGUCAUCUGGAUUUUCAUCACUAAUUACGUUAUCCUGGGCACUGCUUUCGGUCACACCCUCUCCAAAACCAUGAAAUUCACUUUAACUGGCACUUCCAUCGCUGUUAGAGCUAUCACCUGGGAACAAAAGACCUCCAAUCCACUGAGGAGUGAGGAUGUCAUCUAUAAUGGAACCAUUGAUAGAUGCAAUAAUAGUAUCAUCACUAAAUGCUGGUACAGACUGUAUCCAGGUUUAUGAUGGUGCCACUGGAACUCAGUUAAAGAGCUAUCGAGGACUCCCUGUUGCAUCAUCAACACUGUGCUUGGUUGGGCAUGGAACCUACUUGAUGACAGCUCAGAGAGAUAAACCAUUUUUGCAGGCUUGGGCCAUUCAUCGUCAUGAGGCAUUACAGAUAAGACUUGUUGUGCCAGGGAAGGUUAAUGCUAUGGCUAUCAGUGCCACAGGUCCAAAAUAUUGUGUCACUGCAAUUAAUGAAAAGUUAUAUAUAUACAAAUUAUUGUCUGGUCGUCUUCUUGGUGUUGCUAGCCGACACUACCAGCCAGUUACUCGUCUUGUAUUCACUCCGUGUGGCAAUUACUUUGCAUCUGGUGGUGAAGAUGGUUUUGUGUAUCUAUGGAGCUUGGCCAGUUUUAUUGAAGCAUUACACAAAUAUGAUGCCCCACAGGUGCAACCACACUGUAUCCUUGGUCAACAUUCUGACACGGUGACAGAUUUGGCUAUGACAUCUUGUGGCAUAAGGGGAUUCCUUGUAUCUUCAUCACUGGAUCAUACUGCUCGGGUAUUUGACUUAAUGACUGGACGUCUCAUGUAUACUUUAGUUACUGCUGUUGGUGUGACCAGUGUAGCAUGUAACAGUUUAGGUUCACAGUUGUUCUUGGGUCAUAGUGAUGGUACAAUCAAUAUAGUGAACCUACUGCCAGCUCCUCUACAUGGGGAUGUUCAAGUUACCAGUAGAGGAAUUGAAUGCCACCAAAAAUCUGUGAGAUGUGUAGCUGUUACUGCUUCUGGUAACCACCUGGUUACUGGGGGAGAUGAUGGUGUAGUCAAAGUAUGGUCUGUUAUUGCUGCUGAUCUAACAACCAUGGGAAAUGCCAAAAACUCCCACAUAGCAUUGCAGAGAGUUGUGCAUAUGGGUCGUGGUCCAAUUACAAACCUAUCCAUUAUGCACACUGAAAGAGAGGUCAGUUUCAAUCAGUUUUAAAAAUCAUGCUACAUU